CAGGGGUCGGGUCAGGUCAGAUCAGGUGACACUGGCAGGACGGAGCUUACGAUGACGCUCUCUGUUGGACGCAACAUGCGGAGCUGUUCGAGCGUUUCGAGAGCACUGCGCCGGCUGGUUCUGCUGCUUGUCCUGCUCGCGAUGGCUGCCACACGGACAACAGCCGCGCCCCGGAAAAUCGACUGCAGGGUGAUGGUCUACCACCACCAGUGCCGGGGUGUAUCGGGUCGCAGCAGCCGGAACCACCUGCACGGUCUGGGCCGCGCCAGGAACGCCGAGCUUAUCCGACUGGUGGCCACGUACCUUUCUGACGCCAGCGAGUCGCGGAAGCUGAAGGCUCUGGAGCACUACCUGUCACCGAACCGGAGGGAUGCAGUCUCCGACAGGCGAGCCGCUUCCCUGCUGCAGAGGCUGCUACCAACCGAGAGCGACUACAGCGAUGAUGACUAUCUGGACGACUAAGGUCCGAAGCACGUCACUGACAUUUACGGGGGUCCUCCCGGAACCUGCCCUAUUCGUCCAGCGAUGAGAGGCUGACAAAAGAGGAAAAGUCACGAAGAGGGAAGAAGCGGAGGGCUUUGGGGAGACGCAAAGACACGGGAGAUGUGGAGCUGCCAGCGGGCCGCGAGGUAUGGGUGGCCGCUGAAGGUCGUUUUGUAGAUGUCGGCGGUCUAGUCGACCUGGCUCGAGCCAUCCGACCUGACCUGACAGGGGCGGGGUGGGCAGGGCGCAUCCAUAACCACCGGGGAAGGUACGUUGCUAGUCACGAGGCUGAUAUGUGAUAGGGACGGCCGGUGGCGGGAGCCCCGUUCGCUUUGGUCGGCAGUUGGCUGUUGGCAUUUUCACCAGAACCCCAUGCUUUUGAGGGCAGGCUAUCAUAUUUAUCUAAUCGGACUAUCAUGACAAUUAAGUUAUAUAUUAGUAUUUAUAGCAACUAGUGGAUAUACGCUGCCUAUGAGCUUUGUUAGUCGUUAUACUCAUGGAUCAAAUAUCUUUUUAGUUGUGCGCACUGGUUGUGUCCUGCAGUUUACCUGCCACUUAGUUUUAUAUGUUCUGUUUGCGUUUCGCGAAGGUGUUGGCCGGUCCACACCUCGUGAUUCAUAAUUACGUUUGUCUGCACUUGAUCGUCGUAUUUAUUUCGCGGUUGGCGUUACGCUGGUGGCGCCCGGCGGUGGCGCUGGCACUUGGAGCACGUUGUGUUGAUGAGAUGGUGCCUGCCAGGACCGGCCGAGAAAGUCACUCUCACGAGGAGGAGGGAUGACUCGCUCACAGCACCUGUGUGUAUGUGUGCGUGUGUUAUUGAGAGUACAGGCGCGCCACAGUGCAGUGGCGUGGUGCCGUACCUACCUGUGUGUUUUGUGCGUGUCU